ACAGACAAUACCGCGCCCCCGGAGCCGGGCUGCCCGGAGCGCCCCUGCCCCGUUCCUCUCCCACCAUGAUGUCCAUGAACAGCAAGCAGGCGUUCAGCAUGCACCCCAUCCUGCACGAGCCCAAGUACCCCCACCUGCACACCAGCUCCGAAGCCAUCCGCAGAGCCUGCCUGCCCGCCCCCCAGAUCCAGGGUAACAUUUUUGCGGGCUUUGAUGAGACCUUGCUGCGGGGUGCUGAGGCUCUGGCCGCUGUGGAUAUAGUAUCGCAGAAAACCCACCCCUUCAAGCCAGAUGCCACCUACCACACCAUGAGCAGUGUGUCCUGCACUCCUACCUCAUCCUCCGUCCACCUGCACCACCCGUCUGUGCUGACCACUCACCAUCCCCACCACCACCACCACCAGCCCUCCCAGGGCCUGGAUGGCGAGCUGCUGGACCACCUCAACUCUGCCCUCCCGCUCGGAGGGGUGCCGGGCCCGGACGUGGGCUCCACACCUUCACACCCUCACUCCCACAUGUCGGCCAUCAACCACAUGGCCCACCACUCCCAGCCUAUGAACAUGUCCCACCCCCAUGGCCUCGCUUCCCACGCUGUCAUCUCCGGCCCCGAGACGGAGACGGACCCCCGGGAGCUGGAGUCCUUCGCCGAGCGGUUCAAGCAGCGGAGGAUCAAGCUGGGGGUGACCCAGGCAGACGUGGGCUCUGCAUUGGCCAACUUGAAGAUCCCCGGGGUGGGCUGCCUUAGCCAAAGCACAAUCUGCAGGUUUGAGUCCCUCACCUUGUCCCACAACAACAUGGUGGCCCUCAAGCCCAUCCUAGAAGCGUGGCUGGAGGAGGCCGAGAGGGCUCAGAGGGAGAAAAUGACCAAACCAGAGAUCUACACAGGGGGUGACAAGAAACGCAAGCGCACCUCCAUCGCUGCCCCUGAAAAACGCUCACUGGAGGCUUACUUUGCCGUGCAGCCGCGGCCUUCCUCAGAGAAAAUCGCUGCCAUCGCUGAGAAGUUAGACUUGAAGAAGAACGUGGUGAGGGUCUGGUUUUGCAAUCAGAGACAGAAGCAGAAAAGGAUGAAAUUUUCUGCCACCUACUGAAGAAGAAGCUGGGAGGGCGGUGGGGGGAGUGCCUGUUCCCCCAGCUGACCUGCCACAGUCCUGGCCCCCAGCCCCUCUGAAAUGGACAGGGUUUGGGGUCGUUGGCUUUUUUUUUUUUUUGGUGUGUGUUUUAACAAAAAAAAAAAAAAAAAAUUGGAAAGAAAAAAAAAUAAGAAAAAGAAACCUAAAAAGGGGAAACCUGCCCAAAACGAAGCAAACAGUUUGGUGCCUGCUCCUCACCCACGGGCAAAGCGGCCCUGCUGUUAUGACUGAUACAGACUGCUUUUGUAGAUAAAACUGGGAAAAAAAAGAUGGAGAAAAAUGAAAAGACAAAAUGAAAGGCCGAGGGGGAGUUGCGGGGUGCCCGGAGUCAGGGCAGUGGCAGCAAGAGCCUGGCGGGUCUUUGUUGCAGCUCCUCACCCCUUCCCGGCUUGGCUGGGCAGGUGGGGGCUAUGACGCCACUCUCUCCUUGGUACCUGAUCCUCUUGUCUCCAAAAAUUAGAAAUAAAAAUUAAACAAACAAGAAAGCAAGCCAGCUCGAAGCCGCCCUGGAUGGCUGUAAAUACAGAGGUGCUGGUCUGUUCUCCCCGCGCUCGCUGCCACGGUCCCCACGCACACACAUGCACACACACGCACUUGCAUGGUUUUGUUCGCUCUCCCCCGUCCCCAGCAAACCCAUCGCAUUUUUGGACUAACCUUUCUGUUUCUACCUCAUCGGCUAAAUUAAAAAAAAAAUAAAAAUAAAAAAAAAAA